AGUUCCCUUGCUACUACUUCCUCGUAAAAUCCCUGUCUUGCCACAGGAUCACGUUUUUCGCGUUAAGUGACAGCAUUCUGACUUCUUUCCGGUUCUUUGUGGCACGUAGCGGCCGCAUUCACCGUCUGGCGGGCGGUGUUUGUCCUCGGGGUCGCCCUCGAGCUUUCGGGUUUUCUUUUUGCGAGAGUUUUCGUGGCAUGCUCUUUAGGGCAAACCGGCAGUCCUGAAAUUCUUUCGCCCAAGGCAACAAUGAAGGCAACUCGCGAGCGAGGUGUUCAGACGGAUUCCCCUCCGAGCGAUCCGGACCCUUCCCGGCAGCUGCUGUGCCGACAGUGUCUUUCGAGGACUAACGAACCACCAACCUUUGUUUUGUCCACAGACUUGAGUCCAGAUUUUCGCUGCUCCUCCCUGUAUACAGGAAGUUCGUGUGGGAACGCCGGACAGGCUUCCGUUUCUGUAGAGAGCGGGUCCGAGGUGCCUCUGCGUAAAACCAACAGCAGAAGUGGCCCAAAGAAGCCCCCGGAGAAGUGGCGGAUGUGCUCGGCGGGAGCCGAGGAACUCCCUGCGUGGCAAUUUCGCUCGACAGAAAAAGGCAGAGAACAGGACAAGGAGGGAGGAGCGAAAUAUUUCCUGCACCAAGGAGAAGAAAGCCACCCCGACGACGCCCUCGAACUCGCGAGCAUGGCAGCAGCUGAACCUUCCCUGCCGGUCCUUGAUCCGGGCAUGGUCGCCGCAACCGGAGCGUUUCUGUUGCUGUUUGCAGGAGUGAUUUUUGUCGCAUGUUUGUACACUAUGGUUAUUUCCAAGCUUGACUGGGGUGGUGCGGCCGAAACUGACGCCACGCAACUGGCGGAGGGUGACCAAGAAUUCCGGACUGCGGUGGAAGCCAUUCGCGACGACUAUUACUACUGUCUUCUCGCGCCUCUCUCGCUUGUCACGUUGUUCCCAUUUGUUCACUGGAACUGGCUGAGCAUGAAGUUUUUUCGACAUGCUUGAGACUCUGUCAAAUACUGAAAUUGAACUCUGGUUUUCUGCCGGGCUUCAGUCGGCAAGAUCGAUUUGCGCGCAU